GAAAUUUUCCUUUAAAAUAUGGAUCUUGUAAAUCCGGUGUUUUUGAACAGGAAGUUCUAAGGAAUUUACACGUAUAUAUAAAUGAUUAUUAUUAUCCAAUUGAAUUACAAGAUAAUUUUCAAAAAGGUGUCGAAAACUUGGAAUUACUUAAACUAAAUUGUGGUAAAUUUAAUAUACAUGAAAUAUAUAUACACAAAAAAGCAUUUAACAAUUUACGAAGCUUGACAAAACUUGAAAUUGAACGUUGUAAGAUCACAAUCCUCACUGAAGACCAUUUUCAAAAUUUAACAAAUUUAAGAUCUCUGCACUUAAAAAAUAUUGUGUUUCCUGAUUUCGACUGGUUACGAUCCGAAACCCUUCAAUCGAAUUUGGUAUAUUUGCAACUCGCUGAUGUAGCCAUUAAAAAUACAACUUGGCAGUAUUUAACAAAGUUUAAGAAAUUAAGUAUAUUUGACAUUUCUUCUGCAUUAAAUUUAGAAUAUUUUUUUAAAAACAAAUAUUGCAUUAAAGCUUUCAUUUGCGAUAGUGGCGUUAACAGUUGCGGACUCAAAUCGGACAUCAACAAUCGGACAUGUCCCAAUAACUGUAAAUGCACACUUGAUCGAGAGGAUAUGCGAUUUAAAAUAGAAUGCAAUACGUCUGAGUACCAUCACGAAAUUCCUGAGUUACCGAUCCCAAUAAUUGGAAACACUUCUCUGUACUUUAAUAAUGAAAAUCUCACGAAAUUACCAACAUCUAACUUAUACGGAUAUUCCCAAGUAAAGGAAUUGUACUUAGCAAACAACCAACUUUCACAUUUGGCCAUUGAUCAACUUCCGGAAAAUCUGACAUAUUUAGAUAUCAGAAAUAAUAGUCUACAAACCAUUGAUAAAAGCGUUCUCGAAUUUCUCGCUAAUCGAUCCAGAGUUAUACAGAUUUUAUUAUCGGGCAAUCCAUGGAUCUGUCAUUGCGAAAACAAACAUUUGAUAAUAUUCGUGCAAGACCCUUCUAAUAAAAUCGUGGAUAGAAAAAACAUAACUUGUGGAGAUGUCAAGAUGGGGCUAAUGACAAAUAUUUUUGUGCCAUCAAUUUGUAAUUCCUUAAAUGACAGCUUGAACUUGAUAAUAAUCGGAGUAUCAUUUGGAAUUAUUAUUGUAAUUAUUAUUGUAAUAUGCACAUAUUUAUAUUACAAGGAUUUAAUUUUAAUGUGGUUGUAUGAACGGAAUCUUUGUGUAAGCUGCAUAGCCCAAGCGGAACCCGAUAAUGAUCUAAAAUACGAUGCCUUUCUCGCAUUUUCCCACCAAGAUUUGGAAUUUGUAGAGGAAUAUGUGGAGAAGCUAGAGAGAGGACCCUGUCAAUAUCAAUUAUACUUUUAUCAUCGCGACUGGUUGAUAGGCGAGUGCAUUCCCGAUUGCAUAUUGAGAUCCAUCGAAGACUCCAAACGAAUAAUAAUCUUGUUAACGGAGAAUUUUAUGAAGUCUUCAUGGGGUCGAUUUGAGUUUCGCUGUGCCAUUCAAGCCACAUCGACUAAUAAAUACAAACGACUGAUUGUUAUAGUGUACCCUGGAAUUGAUUUUAAUGAUCUGGAUAUUGAGUUGAGGAACUACAUGAAAUUCAACACGUAUCUGACGAGAGAUGAUCCACAAUUCUGGAGAAAGCUAAUGUUUGGGAUGCCUCAUAAGGAACAGACAGUUCAUACGUGUGAAGGAAGCAGUUUAUAAAACAAAAAUAUUUUAAUUUUAAUAAUAUUUCGAAUUUUUACACUGUAGUUAAAAAGAAAUAUGUCACAUGU